UGUGAAUUGGCUAUUAACGUUUGUGUCGAAUCAUGCAAGUACUUCCGAAGUAAAUUUCGAUAACGAUAUAAGGAAAUUGACCUCUAUAUGUAUGCGCAAUCGUAAAAUUGACAAAAUUUAAGUUUGUUUGGAAAUCUUUGUUGAAAUGGCUUCUGCAGGAAAAAAGGGUAAAAAAAAUAAAGGAACAGUUAUUUCUUUGCAAUCGUUUCUCUCUAACGCUGAUACACCUGUCGGAACCACGCAAGUCUCAAAAAAAAUACGAAAUUUAGAUGGCGAAGACAGCGAUGACGGAAGUAGUACAUUGCCGUUAGUUUAUCAGCUACCAACAGCUCCACGCGCAAAUAGGAUAUUUGAUGAUAAUUCUAUUCCUCAUAAAGCCCCGUUUAUUGCAUAUAUAAAUAACUUACCAUUUGAUGCAAAUGAAGAAGAUCUUUACGAGUUUUUUGGGUGUAUUAAUUUAAUUUCUCUGAGACUACCUCGUGAAGAUGGCGAAAACGGUCGUUCAAGGGGCUUUGGCUAUGUUGAGUUAGAAAAUCGAGAUGAUUUAAUUCAUGUACUUAGUUUGCCAGAUCCAUCUAUUAAAGGUCGUCGCAUUCGAAUUGAGCUAUCCAAUGAAAACGAUCAGCAAAACCGACAAAAGAACCGGCGGUUUGAUGGCUUUGGUAAUAGUGGAGAUAAUAGAGACUCUGGCAAUUGGAGGCGAGAUAGUCAAAAUAACGGAAGUAGUUUUGGAUACCCUUCCAAUUUUGACAGAAGCUUUAAUAGAGAAAGAAAACCAUUACCAGAAAGGGAGGAAACGAACACCCCUGGAUCAUGGCGCUCAAGCGCUAGACCGCAAUCUAUUGAUUCUUCACCCACUCGGAAAGAUGUUGAAUCUGAAAAAUAUCGCGACGGCCGCGACAGAUUUGCAGAAAGAUAUUCACGAGAAGAUACAUCCAAGUUUGAAGAAAGGCCAAAAUUAAAUUUAAAACCACGAACUCUACCAUUACCAGAAACAAAUAAAAUAGAUUUUGAAAAAUCUGACGCCGUUGAAACAAAUGCAGGCAAACAGAGCGGAACAUCGUCAGUGAAUGUGUUUGGCUCUGCAAAACCGGUAGAUACGGCAGCAAGAGAACUUGAGAUUGAGGAACGUUUAGCUCUGGCUCGAAAACAAGAUAAGACUCGCAAAGAAGAGGAGUUGCUAAGUGACAAGCUUACCGAAGUCCAAAUGGAUAAAAAUGAUAACGAAAGUAUAAAUGCAACGAUUAGUUGGCGCCGGAAUCAAGACAAUAGGGAGGACGACAAAAUUAAUAUAUGUCAAGAUGAAAAACACCGUGAGGAAAAACAUCCCCGGGACCGAUUCGAAAGGCUUGAGUUUUUAAAAGAAACGGUUCAUACGAACGGGGAGAGCAAAAUUCAAGAGGAUUACAAACACAAACGAGAUUCACGUAAUGACCGUUCACUGCCGAAAAAUAUUCCCCAGAUUGAACCAGUUUUGCAGUCUUCUAAUAAAUAUUCUGGACUAGACGAUGAAGGAUCGGAAUAAAAUAUUUGUAUGUUUCUUAUAAAUUAAUAAAAAUAAACAGAGCAUAUAUAGCCUAAUUCCCAAGCAAAUUUUAA